AUGGAUUUCCUAUUCAAGCGAGAAUGGCUUCCAGAUGCCUGUGUGCAUCGAGACAUGGCUCCCAGGCAGCCCCAGUUUAUUGUGCAAUGCAUCACACUGUGCCUUGUGCAUGGUGUCACAGCAUCUGAAUUGACUAGGAGAAUAAUCGUGCACAAAGAGAAUGGAACGGGCUAUCAAGUCUAUCAGCACAGUGUUCACUUGUCCAGUGUAGUAACGCUAUUCAAACUGACAGGCAUGUCUGUAGCUGUGCCCCUGUUUCAGCUUCAUGGGCUCCAAUCCAUGACCGCCCACGUGCAAAAACACAUUGCCAAAUAA